CAAUUGAGAGAGCACUUAAAGAUAUACAAAUCUGCAGAGGCAUGUGCUUUUAACCACGUGAUGGAUAACCUGCUUGAGGAGGUGGGGCUAAUAACUCUUCAGGUGGUUUGCUCCUUGGUUAACACAGCCAGUUAUUGACUGCUCGCUUCUCUCUUCAACAUUGCAAAGACUACCAUCAAAUAAGGCUGUUUAUGUGAGUGCUUCCAUUUUUUAAACCUGGUACUGCAAGAAUUGCUUAGAAUUUAGGGCACCACAGUGCAAGGACACACCUGACGUUCCAGAUGAAUUUCAAAGGAACUGAUAUUUCUGGUUGGGGAUUUUAAGGUCUGCAUUAUGACUGGUAUUUUUUCACCAGAAUAUUUCCAGCAAGCAAAGAACACUUGUUGCACCUGACAAAGAACCAAGUGAACCAAAACCGUGACAGUCAGACUAUCGUGAUUUCCAAGCUGUGCUACCGUUGGGAGUCAUUCUAACUAGAGUCAUGCCUGUGGUUAAAGUGGAGAGCAAUUCUCCCUCUGAAACCACUCUUCCAAUGAAUGACAGUCAGAGAGCAGAGCCGCAAAGAGGACGCCGGAGGAAGAGGCCCCUUCAGCGAGGCAAACCACCAUACAGCUACAUCGCCCUGAUCUCCAUGGCCAUCGCCAACUCACCCGACCGCAAACUCACUCUGGGAGGGAUCUACAAGUUCAUCACAGAGAGGUUUCCUUUCUAUCGAGACAACUCCAAGAAAUGGCAGAAUUCCAUCCGCCAUAAUUUGACGCUCAACGACUGUUUCAUCAAGAUACCCCGAGAGCCCGGUAGACCCGGAAAAGGCAACUAUUGGGCACUGGACCCCAAUGCUGAAGACAUGUUUGAGAGCGGAAGCUUUCUGCGACGUCGAAAACGGUUCAAACGCAGCGACUUCACUACGUAUUCAUCGUACGUUCACGAGUCUCCUGUCUUCUCGCCAGUCCAGAUUGCGCGCUCAGCCUACGCCAACUCGGUCUACUCCAACAUGGCCGUGAGUCCGCCAUAUGCACAACAGCUGCCUUCUGCCUACUACCAGUCCUCCUCUCCUAGCUUCAGUGCUGGUCAGUCCAGGGUCUUCAGAAUCAACUCUCUCAUUGGGCCACCUGGCAGGAUGGGCCAAAGUGCAGAGAUGAUGCCUCAGCAGUCUUGCCGCAGUUUCAGUCCUGAGAGUGGCUCUUGCAGUUUGGGAGGACCAGGCUUCCAGCAUCAGUCCUGCAGCGGGGAGACAGUGCUGUCGUGUUGCUCAGGCUCUUCAAACAACAUGGCUUUUGCCUACACCAGCCCAGGACAUGGACAGACUCAGGUAUCAUAUCCACAAGGCAGCACCCAGGCCUACGGGCCAACAGGGAGGAUGGCUAUCUCCAGUUUGUCUCCCAUUGCUGGUGAUGCUGUGGGGGACCCAUAUGGUAGAACGUCCCCUGCACAGCUGGGCUCUUUUGUUCAGUACAAUAACUCUGGUCCAGUAGGAAGCUCAGGAGCCUACAUCAGGCAUCCAGCUUACUCGGGUAACAUGGACAGGUUUGUGACGGCCACCUAAACAAGUUCAUGGAUGAUUAUUUUCCAUUGCAAGAACGCAGGCGCACAAGAACCUUUGGAGAGACUAUUUUAGUAAAUUUGAAAAACAUUUGUGAAAAACAACUGUGAUAUUUAAACUGAUGUUAUUGUUUUAUUGUGAUUCCAUCAGUUGAGUAAAUGGAAAUGUUAAUAUCAAUUUACACAUGUACAGACUUUUCCUAUUACAACGUGGUACAAACAAGUUAAAAGCAAACGUUUACAAAGAUCAAACUUUUUUCUUUUCUGUACUUUCUUUUUUUAAUUAUUUGAGUGAAAUGUGUUCAUAUGCUUUGUAUACGCUUUUCUUAUUAUUGUCAUCUGUGGUAACAGAGUAAAUGCUUCAAUUUACUUUAUUGAAAUAACGUACUGCAUUUACUUAAUUCAGUUAUAUAAAAUGUUUCUGCAAGAGGCUGUGUUGCUAUAUCCUUUAGAGAAUGAGGAGUUCUGAGAAAUCAUUUCACAUUUUAAUGUAAUGGUGUAUAUAUAAAGAACACUAGGCUCUAAAGCAAGAAUCCAUUUCAGCAGAACCUAAAUUUACAGAAAUGUUAACCGAUUUGCCUUAUUUUAAUUACACGUUUUUCUAAAAGAGGUCAUGCCAAAUAAUAUUUUUCUCUUUUCUCUUAUUGAAAAUACAUAUUACAAAUUAAUAUUAUAUACUUUGAAAGAACAAUCAGCCUUUAUUAUCUAGCACUAAAAUAAUGAAAGCUGACAUUUAUUUUAAAAAUGUAUAUUAGUUAAGAUAUUGAUGUAUACAUUCUUUUGUGGCAAGCUUUCAGUCAAAUAGGUAAAACAAUAUUUCAGCAUGCAGUUAGACGCAAAUUAUCAGCCAGUGCUAUUUUUAAGUUUACACUGUGCAUAUUUAAUUGACAACAAAAUGGUCAGAAUAAGCGCAAAAAGGGUUACAAGACAGGUAAUUAAGUUUGAAAAUGCCCCUUAUCUUUGCUGAGCUUUAUUAGACUAAGUCUUCCAGUUCCGCACAAUAGCUUGUUAUUUGACGGCAUGUCCUGUCACUCUCCACCUUUUUAAAAAAGGUGAUUUUAAAUAGACAUUUAUGCUUACUAAUAUACACCAGAUGCGUGCUGUGACAAGAAAAGAAAACAAUAGUGAUGUCAAUAUUGCAGAAUAAUUUAGUGUAGGCAAUGAUAAACGCUAACAGGUUAAAAACAUAAAGCUACUUUAAACUUUAAAAUCACGUAGCAGUAUCCGAACAAGGAUCUGAAACCCAACAAUAAAACUGAAGGUAUGCAGAGGUAUUUAAUAUAUAUAUAUAUAUAUAUAUAUAUAUAUAUAAAUGAAGGAUCAGGGUAGAGUGUAAUGCUGGCAUUUUUGACAAGCUUAUGAAGUGGCCAGUAUUUGCAGUUAAAUGAAAAAUUUCAACGCAUUUGUCUUGCUGUAUUAGUCAUGAAUUCAAUGAAUCUGCAUUUGUGACCCUGGACCACAAAACCAGUUAUAAGUGUAAAUUUUUUCGAAAUUGAAAUUUCUACAUCAUCUAAAAGAUGAAUAAAUAAGCUUUCCAUUGAUGUAUGGUUUGUUACAACUUUUUGAAAAUCUGGAAUCUGAAAGUGCAAAAAAAAAAAAAUCGAAAUACUGAGAAAAAUCGCCUUUAAAGUUGUCUAAAUUAAGUUCUUAGCAAUGCAUAUUACCAAUCAAAAAUUAAGUUUUGAUAUAGUUACGGUAGGAAAUUGACUAAAUAGCUUCAUGGAACAUGAUCUUUACUUAAUAUCCUAAUGAUUUUUGGCAUAAAAGAAAAAUCUAUAAUUUUGGCCCAUACAAUGUAUUUUUGGCUAUUGCUACAAAUAUACCCCAGCAGUUUUGAGGUCCAGGGUCACAUUUAUUCAACAAAAGGCAAAAAGAGACAGAUGAAAGUCCUAAUAUGGUGAGAAGGGAAAGUUUAGCAGUCAACUGCGUAGGUUUUAAAUGGCAGGCCAAAGUAGAGAUGGAGGUAUUGAGUAUCAGUGAAGCAGAAGAACACAUCAGUGAACAUUGUGCUUGAAUAGGUGGAUUAAAACAUCACAUCGUUCACCAGGUUUUCACAAGCACUGGCAUGAUUAGAAUAACUAUGAUUAAUUACUGGACUAUCUGCUCAUCA